ACCAACAGCGCUUACCUGAUUUCAACCCACAAAAACCAGUUUCUUCCUCUACACACCACUCUGCUAGGAAUUGAGCUCCAAACAUGUCGGGAAUAGGGGAACAAACGGUGCCCGAGUCCGAAAAGGAGGCCUCGAAAGGCCCUGUUUCGAAAAAAUCAUGGAUGGGAUUUCUCAAAACCCUGGCUACCUUCACAGGUGACCUUUCUUCACUGACGGCCCCGUCUUUUAUUUUGUCGGGUACUUCGUUGCUUGAAUACCUGUCGUAUUGGUACGAGUACCCCGAGAUUUUUGUCUCCAUUCCUGACGGUAAAACACCCCUCGAGAGAAUGAUGAAUGUGCUGAAAUGGUACAUUUGCGGUAUUAACCGUGAAUACGCUUCUCGUAACCAAAGCUACGGUACGGAAAAGAAGCCCUUGAAUCCAAUUUUGGGUGAACUGCUUAUUGGAAGUUGGGAUUCGUCAAAGGGCAAGGUCGAUAUCACCGUGGAACAAGUGUCGCAUCACCCUCCCGUCUCCGUUUGUCGAGCUGUGUGCGAAGAGGCAGGCAUUGAAGCUUUGAAUUACAACCCUUACAAAUGUCGUUUCUCCGGACGAACUCUUGCCGUCUCACAGCCUGGCCAGAUCCGCAUCCAUUUGAAAAAAUAUGACGAGACGUACUAUUUCAACCUGCCAAAUCUGACUUUGGAGGGGCUCUGGUACAUGGCUCCAUACAUUGAACUCCACAACUCGACACACAUCGUGUCCACAACUGGCUAUAUCACCAAAAUCAACUACCACGGCAGAGGCUAUUUCUCUGGCACGAAAAACAGUUUCAAGGCCAAUGUUUAUAAGAAGGGCGAGAAGGCCGAUUACGUGGUAGAAGGUGUUUGGACCGGUGAAUCGAAAAUCCGCCAUAAAGGCGAACACGAUGGCACUACGUUCCUGGACCUCCGUCAGUUAAAACCUACUCCGGUAACGGUUGCUCCCAUCGAGCAGCAGGGUGAGUACGAAACAAGACGUGUUUGGCGUGACGUUGCUCGUGCCCUUGCCGAGGGUGAUUAUGACGCGGCAAGUUCCUCCAAAACGAGAAUUGAACAAGAACAGCGGGAGUUGCGCAAGCGCGAGCGCGCAGAGCAUCGCCCGUGGAAGUGCAGAUUCUUUAAAUGGGAUGCUGACAACUCUGGUCUGCGUACUGCGUUUGGCCAGUUCCUGCAAGAAAUCGUUGAUCGCGGUACUUGGGUCUGGACGGGUGACCGGUUGCUGAACCCUACAGCUGACGAUGACCAAACGGAAUGCGUUCGCGGCGACAGUUCUAGCAGCCUGUACGAUACGACGUUCACCUCCGAAGCAGCAAAUGUGUCUCGUAAUGGCAGUGUGAGCACUGAUACAAGCGCUCGCGCAGCGGCCGUCGCCUCAGACACUCUCCCCAGCAAGCCCUCUUCUUCAUUUCCGUCUCUGUCACAACCGCGCCCUCAGAUUCUGUGCAUGCUGCUGCUGCCCAAUAAUUUUCAUGACGAUUUGUUAUGCAUGAUUCAUCUUAUACUUUUAAGGCUUGUUCAUAUCUCCCUUUCUUUGGUUAGAGGGUGGUAUGACGGCUGAUGUGUGCUUGUGUUUAAAUGAACAGGCGCGUUUACCGUGUUCGCAUCCUCCUCCCUGAAUGACCGUUUCCACAGGCGACCGUGAACUGCUUUAUGUGUUUUGGCGCUGCUUUUGUACUUGUCAGCUCUUCGUAAGCUUUUCGUCCUAAGCUCAAAACGUUUUUUAUUGAAGCAGUGAAGGCGGUUGCGCGUGGUGGAACAAAUGGUGGCCGGCACAAAAGACAGGCCCUUGGUUGUUUUGGCGUACAGAAGCGCUUCCAAGGUGCGAUGAUUGUGUGUGUGCUGUGGUGUAACGAGAAGGAUGCCGUUGAUGAUGCGUAUCACUGCUGUGUUGCAUGGAACAAGCUCAGCGGUGAAUGGUUUUUUACAACUGGACAGGGUUAAAUUUUAUUAAGUUUCUUUCUCCUUUUGGAUCGAGAUAUGCUUGCGAAAGGCGGACAGUUUAAGUGUGGUGGAUGAUUAAUACUAACAGUGAACUGGAUUUGAAACCACGGAAACGAACAAACCGGCG